AUGGAGUUCAAAGAUGAGAAAGAGGUGUCUGAGUUUUAUAGGAGGUAUGCGUAUGACGUAGGUUUUUGGGUUAGGAGGAGGAAUUCUAGAAAGGGAGAAGAUGGAGUAGUGAAUUACGUUACGUUGACAUGUUGUCGUGAAGGUCGAAGAAGCAAUAAUACAAGUGCUUCUUUGAAGCCGCAUCCAACAAUUCAGACAGGUUGCAAAGCAAGACUUACGGCUUCUUUAGAUAUUCGUGGAAUAUGGAAAAUUCUCACAGUUGAUCUCAAACACAAUCAUAAAACUAGUCCUUCAAAAUCUAUAUUGUAUCGUUGCAAUCGAGAAUUGAGUGCAAAUGUCAAACGCAAGCUCGAAGUAAACGAUAUGACUGGAAUACCUCUGCACAAGAGUUACAACUCAGCAGUGUUUGAAGCGAGCGGGUAUGAGAACAUGACUUGCGUGGAAAAGGAUUGUCGAAAUUAUGUUGGACGAGCGAGACAAUUGAGACUCGGUGAAGGGGAUGCCGCGGCAAUACACUCCUACUUUUCACAAAUGCAAGCAUAG